AAGUCAUUUUCACCCUCUUUUUUCUUCCUCUCCCCCUCCCUCUCUCUCUCUCCGUACAAGAUGAUGGAUGGUGUUACCGGCGGAGACUCAAAAAGCGGCGAGGCUACGACGGCGUCGCCGCUCCGAAAUCCGCAUCCGGCGACGUUGCUUGGCACGAACGCUUUACCUCCUCCGUUCCUCAGCAAGACGUACGACAUGGUGGAAGAUCCGGCGAGCGACGCGAUCGUCUCGUGGAGCCCGGCGAACAAUAGCUUCGUCGUGUGGGAUCCGCCGGAGUUUUCUCGCUCCCUUCUCCCCAGAUACUUCAAACACAACAAUUUCUCCAGCUUCGUUCGUCAGUUGAACACCUAUGGUUUCAGGAAAGUGGAUCCAGAUCGGUGGGAGUUUGCGAACGAAGGUUUCUUGAGAGGUCAAAAGCAUCUCUUGAAGACGAUAAGCCGGAGAAAAUCUACUCAGGGACAUGGUAGUAGUAGUAGUAGUAAUCCACAAUCUCAUCAGGGUCACAUGGCUUCGUUAUCUUCAUGCGUUGAGGUUGGGAAGUUUGGUCUCGAGGAAGAGGUUGAACAGCUUAAAAGAGACAAGAACGUGCUGAUGCAGGAGCUAGUGAAGUUACGCCAGCAGCAACAAUCAACGGACAGCAAGCUUCAGUCUAUGGUCAAGAGUCUCCAGACGAUGGAGCAGAGGCAGCAGCAGAUCAUGUCUUUCCUUGCUAAAGCUGUUCAGAAUCCAACUUUCCUCUCUCAGUUUAUACAGAAGCAGACGGAUAGUGGUAAUAUGCAUGUGACCGAGGCUAGUAAGAAGCGGAGACUCACUGAGGAUGGUACCACUGCUGCUGCUGCUUCUGAUGGACAGAUAGUUAAGUAUCAGCCUAUUAGAAGUGAUUCAACAAUGUCUAUGAUGUGGAACAUGAUGAACACUGAUGAGAAGUUCCCGUUUUCGCCAAACCGGGACUCUGGAGUCACUUUUCAAGAGGUAUUACUGCCCACAACUUCAGGACAAUCACAAGCAUAUGCACCCAUAUCCUCUGCUUCAACUUCCUUAAUGCCAAUGAUUCCUCCCAUGCCACAAGAGAGCAUCAGUGACUCACCUACAGAAAACUACAUGAAUGCAGAGAAGGAUGUUUCAGAGGCAUUCAUCUCUCCUAGCCCUUUCCUUGACGGUGGUUCAGUACCGAAUCAGCUUGAGGGAUUACCUCAAGACCUUGAUAUUGAUGAACUGAUGAGUAACUGUGAUAUCUUUGAAGAGUAUCUGGCACAAAGCCCAGUUUUUGGAGAUGAGACAACACUAGAGAGCAGCUACGCAAAUGGUGGGCAUGUGGAUAAGCCUAUAGAGGAGUUGGGUCAUCUCACUUCAGAGACAAAGCAACUGUGAAGGAUUAUGUUUUAGUGUCAAAAAUUGUAUAGGCUUUCUCUACUAACUUGAUGCUUGGGACUAAGAGUUUUUAUUUUAUUUUAUUAAGUCUCUUUUGUAUAAAAAAGUUUUAAACUUUGUGCAGAAAUCUUCAUUUACAUAAUAGAAAGUGAACAGAACUUGGUGGAUA